CCUUGCCUUGAAUGCUCUUGUUCAUAUUUAUGCAUGUUUCCUGAUUCCCCUUUUCUCAUCUGUGAUGUGAUGCUCAUACGAAAAGGAAGAGUAAGAAGAAAUCUAUGAAAGAUGGUAAAUUGGCAAUAGAAGAACAUGUAGGUGUAGAAGCUGGUUGAUGCUGGCAAUUGGACUCUUAUCUCAGAGUAAAUUAGCUUCAGAUAUCAGAAUAGUACACUGGUUCAGAAAUCAGAAUAACUACUAUCUGGGUGCAACUUGCUGGCAGGGCAGUUAAAUUAGAUAUCUUACUUUUCAUUGUAUCUUGCAUAUUACUUUUACAAAUUAGUGUUCAAGACAAUCUUCUGUUGUUGCAUUCCAGCAAGUUAGCUUACAGCCGAAGAUAGUUUAUCCAAUCCAAAUGUUGUAGGUCGAACAAAACUUAUGGCUGGGGUAAAAAUAUUUGCGGUGAUCAGCAUCUUCCUCUCGCUUCGCUGUUAAGCUACGCACCGGAUGAUUUAUACUACUACCAUGUUUUUUAUGUUGGGUCUGAGAAACUAGAGAAUUCAUGCCUCUUUGCCAUGCCAAGAGUAUUCUAGGGAUUUCUUAUGAAUAUACUGUAUGUAAUAUGGGAUGGCUAUUUUGAUUAAGAGAUCAAUUUUUAUGCAGGUUUAUCUACACUCUUCUCAGCCUGGGAAUCAUCAUGUGCUUGCUGACCUGCUUGGGCUACAUCGCCGCUGAAACUGCAAACAGCCCCUGCCUGUCUUGUCACGUGAUCUUUGUAUUCUUGCUUGUGAUAUUGGAAGCUGCAAUCGUCGCCGAUGUAUUUCUGAAUAGCUACUGGGAGGAGGACAAAUCCCACCAGAUAUAUAUUGUUGCUCACUUUGCUUGCUGGAUCAAUAUAUUGCUGGAUAUAUAUUGUUGGUCAUUUUGCUUGCUGGAUCGAUCAAUAUAUUGCUGGAUAUAUAAGCCAUCUUGCUGCUGCUCGCUGAAGCAUGCAGGAAAAAAAAUGCUAUUUGGCAUAUAAACCGAGUGUCCCAGGGACAUGGCACCCGGCUUAUAGGCAUAUUAUGCCACGGGGAGCUGUAUAAGCCGAGUGUUCCAGAUGCAGGCACCCGGCUUAUAGGAUAUGUUUAACAAUGGAUGUCCUAUAAGCCGUGUACAAAGGCACCCGGCUUAUAUUUAAACCGUGCAGUUCGUGUAGACACUAGGUUUAUAUUUAAACCGUGCGGAUCGCUUAGGCACUCGGUUUAUAUUUAAACCGUGUAGAGCUCGUGGGCACUCGGUUUAUAUAUAAACCGUGUGGCUCAUGCAGGCACUCGGUUUAUAUUUAAACCGUGUGGCUCAGUUAGGCACUCGGUUUAUAUUGACGGUGACACGUGGCCGUUAUCUCGCGGCUGCCGUCAUGUUACUUUAGUAAGCCGAGAGCCUCGUAUAAACACAUGGCUUAUACGUAAACCAAGUGUUUUCCCACUGGCACUCGGCUUAUAGCGUAUAAGCCGAUCAAGUGUAAACCGUGUCAUAUAAGCCGGGAGUUUGACUUGGCUUAUAUGUAAACCGAGUUUAUAUUGACAUAAGCCGAGUUCUUUGGGUACACGGCUUUAAAGUUUUUUCCUGUAGAGCAAGUGGCAGCCUGAUGGUGAUAUGGAAUUUCCUAUUCUCAUGUGUGCCAUUUGUAAGCUACGACCAGACCACCACUGUAAUGGCCGGCAGGCUGGCUAGCUGGCUCAUCCCAAUGUUUUAUAUCCUCUGCACCAGGGAAGCACCACCCAUACCGAAGCCACUAUGAAACUCCAUCCCCUAGGUCUCUUCCUGCUCUCUUGCACUUGGCUGCUACUAUGUGCUGCCGCGCCGGUGACGGUGAGAGCAGGCAUCCGGCGUGAAGCGGAAGCGCUAGUGAAUUGGAAGGCUAGCUUGGUCAGUGCGGAUGACUCCCUUGGAUCAUGGUCGUUGGCCAACUCCACCAGCCUUUGCAAGUGGACGCACAUCACUUGCAACUCGGCUGGGCACAUGACAGAGCUCCUUCUUAUGCAGACAAGUUUGAACGGCACACUUGACAGGUUCGACUUCUCGGCUUUUCCCCACCUGAAGAGUCUCACCUUGUUCAGCAAUGGUCUAUAUGGUACAAUUCCAGCAGGGAUUGGCAACCUGACGAGCUUGGCCCAGUUGUAUAUCUUCAAUAAUACAUCUUUGAGGGGUGCCAUUCCGCACAGCAUUGGACAACUUAAGCACCUUUCUGAACUGUAUCUAUCACUCCUGGGGCUCGAUAGCAAUCUACCUGAAGAGAUUGGUAACUUGACGACAUUGGAGGAGCUCCAUCUUCACUCGGUUACUUUGACCGGGUCAAUUCCACGAACAAUUGGGAAGCUGGUGAAGCUCCGCGAGCUCAGCAUGCAAAAGAACAAUCUGACAGGGAGCAUCCCACUUGAGAUUGGAAACAUCACACAACUAAACAACCUGCAAUUAUGGUAUAACUAUUUACAAGGGCAGCUACCAGGUACCAUCUCUAAUUUGGCGUCACUCCAGGAAUUGGUUCUGACAGGAAACCAGCUCGGAGGCCACAUCAUCUCUGAGUUUGGGAAUAGCAGCCUCCUGGAUACAGUUGAUAUUGAAAGGAACAACUUCUCCGGGCUGUUCCCGUCAUCCAUUUGCAUAGGAGGACGGCUGCGUAUUGUGAGUGCUAGGUCCAAUGGAUUCACGGGCAUUCACCACCACACCUUCCGAAACUGCACAUCCGUGAGGUAUGUUGACUUCACGGCAAACAACAUUGUUGCAGAUAUAAAGGACUGUGUUGGCGAGCAUCCAUGGCAGCUUAGCAUGAUGAGUUUGGGUCAAAAUCACUUGUAUGGCAGGCUACUGACAGAUGGGGGCAAGGUAUUCAUUUGUAACUCUACUUAUUUAACCUUCCUAGACCUAUCAAACAAUUUGUUAGAUGGAGGUCUCCCCAAGUGUUUGUGGGACAUGCCAAGUUUGGGAUACAUGGAUCUUUCCAGCAAUUCUUUCAGUGGUGUAGUUCCCUCUUGGAAGACUUGCGAAGAUAAUCUUAUCUGUUUACGCCUAGCCAAUAACCAUUUGAAAGGAACCUUUCCUUUGGGUCUUAGGAAAUGCAAAAACCUUAUCAGUCUAGAUCUUGGAGGCAAUAAUUUCUCAGGUAGAAUACCUUCUUGGAUAAGCAAGAGCUUGCCAAAUCUCAUUGUUCUUCGAUUGUCAUCAAAUAUGUUUGGUGGAAUCAUACCCCACCAGAUAUUAAAAUUCCAGCAACUCCAUGUAUUGGACUUGUCAAAAAACAACCUCAGUGGACCCAUUCCAGACAAUUUUACCAAUUUUACUGGCAUGGUACAUAAUGCAGAAGACAUUGUCUCGGACAAUAAUCUAAGAUUUGAGAUAAUUAGUGGGCAGACUCAAAUAGUUUGGAAAGGUGCGGAUCAUGGUUUCCCAAUCCUAAUGGUAGGUAUUGUGGGUAUCGACUUAUCUGGCAACUCUCUGUCACAAGAGAUUCCAAAGGGGCUCACAACCCUUCUUGGACUGAGGUAUCUGAACUUAUCAGGAAAUCAUUUGUUGGGCUGCAUUCCCGAAGACAUUGGCAAUCUAGUACUGCUGGAAUCCUUGGACCUUUCUCUGAACCGACUCUCGGGAGAAAUUCCUCCAAGCUUUGCAGGUUUGAAGAGCAUAACCGCUCUGAACCUCUCGAGUAACAAUUUAUCGGGGUUGAUACCUAUGAGCGAUCAGCUGCGAACGCUCCCAGAUCCAUCCAUAUACAGCAACAAUCCAGGGUUAUGUGGUUUCCCCUUGGAGGGCUGUGUAGACUCGCCGACAUCGACGCAAAGCGGAAUGAGCCAGGCUGAAGACAACAGGGAGGCAUUGUGGCUGUAUUGCUUUGUGGCUGCUGGGUUCAUCUUUGGGUUCUGGCUGUACUGCGGCAUGUUCUGGUUUUACAGCGAGACCUGGAGGUGUGCAUUCUAUCAGUAUGUGGACAACAUGCAAGGGAAGGUAACCAAGAAGAUGUAUAGCUGCAUGUCAUACUUCCAGGCCAAGGUCCAUGGAUGAGCAAAGUGCAUCACGUGGUGUUGAAGUAAAGCUAUGUGCAGGCAUAUGCGCCCAUUAUUGAGCAUAUCUGACUAUCUGUAGUACUUGUCUUCCAUUGUUGUAAAAGAAUACUGACUACGAAGUUAUGUGUAUUUGCUAGUACUUUGAUGUGCAUUUUGUUAUUGAGUUUUUGGGCGCUAGACCUGCAAAUUACAGAUGAA